AUGUGCAUCAUCAUUGUGCUGAAUUUGAUUUAUUUCAGUUCAAAACUUGCAAUCUACCCAGUCGAGCUGGUAAAUGGGGCUGUUCGUGGAAUGGACAAUACCCAGUCAUGCUUCUAUAAAUUUGCAUCACAAUUCGUUGGACAGCAGCUGAUAGUUGCAGUCUAUCAAAUGCUCAUACUAAUGAACAAAAGGCAACAUUUGUUGAUCGCGAUGAUGAAAUUUGAAAACUAUGAGCAUCUUCAUGAAAAUAUUAAGAAUGUAUUGCACGCUUUUCGAGAUGAUGCUAAUUUUAUGAUCGUUUGCUUAGUCCAAUGGAUGUGUUCACAAUCUGUAACUAAUCCACGUCAGAGUCUGUCAUCAGAUGCAGAAAUGUUGAAACAAGCAUUUACUUACACACAAGCAUGGGGAUCUCCCAGUGUUUUGCAACUCGUUGACAGAUGUAACAAGGCUGGUGUUGUUGAGAAUUGGUGCAUGGUUUGGUUAAAUGCGAUGCUAAAGUUGUCGACAAGUGAUGAAAUGUUGUAUACUAGUGAAUUAUGUCUUGCUGCUGGUAUUAUGUCACCGGUGCCUUACAUGCUGAGUUUUGCUCGAAGCAUCAAUGAAUAUAUAUUUGAACAAAACCUCGAUUUUGAGCCAAAAGCAUUAGUGUCUGCGCGAUUCCUUGUUCACUGUUUGCAACUUGCUAUGCAUGCGUACUGGAAGCAGCAGAAAGAACGACAAACACGAAUUGUAAGAGGCGAUUGCGCAGGAAGGAAAAGAACGGAUCUAAAAAAGUCAAGAAGAGAUUGCUGCACACUGAUGCCGAGAAAUUGUAAAGUAUCGCUUGCUACUGCACUACAGAAUGCAGCUACUCGAAGAAUAAUUGAACUUCUACUGCAUGAUUUGUUGAAAUUUGCUUGCCUUGAUCCGCAGACUUUCAAUUUGGAUCUCUAUUUGCCAUUCAUAAAUUUGUGUGAUGUUACCAGUACAAAGAGAGCGCUCGAAUUUACAUGUCUUUUAAGAAAACUUGGUGGUUUUUAA